AUAAGUUUCAAAUUAUUUUCAUUACAAAUUAUGUCUACAUUUAAUUUUACCGGUGAAAUGAUUAACGCGACGGUAUUCUUGUGUUGAAUUAGGUACUAAUAAUUAUUAUGUUAAACACUACGAUGAAUCAUUUUCUAAAAAAAAUAUUAAUCCAAACAAUCGUUCGUCAAUACAGUGUGUCGAAGAAAAAUGGAAAAGUAAUGUUUUAUAACACCUACAUCAACUUGUACUUACGAUACAUUUUUUUCAGCCAAUUCGUAAUCAUCUCAAACAAAAUUCAAAAUUUCUGGAUUCUCUGAGGGUUCACGUGAGAGGUGGAGCCGGUGGUUUUGGUUUUCCCAAAUAUGGGGGCGAAGGUGGCAAAGGAGGAGACGUAUGUUUGGUCGCUACAGAAGGUAAAUUGUGAUGUAUUUUUAUUUACAUUAUUUGGCUAGUGGAUUUUCGGCUAUUUAUUGUAUUUUCAAUUUAUUAGAUAUGACAUUGAAAGAUUUUUUAAGAAAAUGUCCACAGAAAAGAAUACGCGCCGAAAUGGGUGGCAAUAGUCAUUCCAGAUGUAUACUGGGUCCAAUUGGAGAAGAUAAAAAAGUUAACGUACCCGUAGGAAUCACUGUUUACGACGAUCAAAAUGUUUUAAUCGGCAAGUAAUUUCUUUAAUUUUGUACUUAAUGUAUCACAUAGAAAUCUGACAAAUGGAAUAACUGUUGUUCUGUUCAAUAACUAUUUUUACGUUUAUUAUUUUUUGUUUUCUAAUAAUUUUUAUGCCAUGAUUACCUAUUAUAUUUUAUAUUUGUUUUGAACUGAAAAUACAUAAUUUCUAUCUAUUUAAAUAUGUUUGUACAUAAUCCAAGAUAAAUGUUGGCAUUAUAAAUAUUAACUAAUGUGUCGGUAAUAUUCUGUAAUUUUUUUUUAUUUCCUUAACUAACUAAUAAUUUAAAUAUAAUAACGAAUAUUAUUGUAUUAUACUAUGAGUACUUUUUUAUGGAAACAUUGAUAAAUCUGUUGGUAUGAUUCAUUAGUAACCAUGAAAACAAUUUAAAUUAUUGUAAACUUCAAAAAUGUUCAGGAAUUUAGUGAAUAUUUAUUAAACAUUUGUUAUACUAACAUGAAUUAAAUUACUAUCUUAGAUUUUACUAAGAAAAUGUCUUUUCUUUUUAGAUUUAAAAAAUAUAUAUAAGAAUCAUAACGAAAGACUCGAAUAAUUAUUCCAAAAAAUAAAAAGAAAAAAUCAUACAAAUAUUGAACAGAAUAAAAGAUAUUGUAUUUAUCAGAUUUAUAUGAGACAUUCUAAUCAUUCUAUAAUAUAUCAAUGUUACAAAACAUCUUGAUUAGUUUUUUGUUAGGACCCAGUUGGUAAAUAUAUGGUAGGAUAUAAAUUGCUGAUUUAUUAAAAAUAAUAAUAAUUUUACUGUAAUUAGUUGUUUUUUCUAUAUACUGAUAAGAUUAUUUGUACAAAUUAGAAUACAAAAAUGUGUACAAGUCUAAUAUAGGAACGGUCUAUCUAUUUUUUAUAAUCUAUGUUCAGCAAUAAAAAAAAGGUUUGCCUAUUAUAAUGCCUAACAUGAUAAAUGCCAUCUUUCCUUUAUUUCAGUUACAUCAGUAGUUCUAAUGCUAUAUUCACUAUUAUACAUUUUCUCAUCAAAAAUAAAAAAUAAUUAAAAUAAUAGAUGUUUGUCAUUACCGUUAUUGUUAUUAUUUAUUAUAGUUGAUUUUAAUGAGAGUACACUCAGUAUUCUACAUUUUCUUCAAUUUUAUAAGAUUUGAAAAAAAUUUGUUUACCUUUUAAUAAUAAGAAUAGGUAGUAGACUAGACACCAUUUACCUAUUGCCCAUACCUAUUUAAAAAGAAGGGGUAUGGCUAUUAUUACAAUGUUUAUGAACAUAGAUAGAUAUCUGAUAAAAUUUGUAAUACAGUAGUUCAAUUUCGUAGGAUUUAAGAAUUUAUGAAAAUAAAACUAUUACUUUUGUAUAAAAUAAAUUUGUCAAUUCUCCAUGGUACCUAAUUUAAUACAAAAUGUGAUUCAAAUGAUACAAAGUAAACUUGAUAUUAUCAUUAACUAUUAUCCUCAUAUAUGUUUAAAUUUUUAAUCAAACCACAGGGAGUAUCUAAAUUAUUGUCAAGCUUUUGAUAAAUAUUUCAUAGUAAGUGCAAUAUCCUUAACUCUUUAAUAUAACUUAACUAUUUAUUAAAACUUUUAACAUCAAACUAUUUACAGGUGAUUUGAAUGAGGCAAAUUCUGAAUUGCUUGUGGCCAAAGGAGGAUCAGGUGGAAAUAAGACAAACGGAUAUUGUGGUGUUAAAGGAGAAAGUCGAUCUGUCAAACUUGAACUUAAGUUAAUUGCCGAUAUUGGUCUUGUCGGAUUUCCUAACGCUGGAAAAUCAACAUUACUAAAAGCUAUUUCUAAUGCCAAGCCCAAAAUCGCAUCAUAUCCAUGUUAGUGAUGGUCUAACAAAAGUAAAUUUUGUUGUAUAGUAAUUAUUUGACAAAAUUACAGUUACGACCAUUAGACCAAAUAUUGGUGUUAUGUUAUAUGAUGAUUUACGACAAAUAUCAAUGGCAGACUUACCGGGACUCGUAGAAGGUGCUCAUUGUAAUAUUGGAAUGGGUCAUCGAUUUCUCAGACACGUAGAAAGAACAAAAUUACUUGUUUUUGUUGUUGAUAUAACUGGUUUUCAAUUAAGCCCUAAGUAUAAGUUUCGAUCUUGUUUGGAUACAGUGGUCUUACUAAAUAAAGUUUGUUUUUUUCUUCUUGAAGUAUUGUAUUAUUAUAAAGUAAUCUGAUAAAAACAUUAACUAUUGAUACAACUAUUUAUUUUAUAGGAACUUGAAUUAUACAAAAAAGAACUUCUAGACAAACCUGCUCUAUUAGUGAUUAACAAAAUGGACACUGAAGGCGCUAAAGAAAAAUAUUUAGAAAUUAAAGACCAAUUAGAAAAUUUAGAUGGUAGACAUUUUAUCUUGUAUUUAAUGUUAAGCAGUUAAAUAUUACUAAAAUUUUCAUAUAAAAUAAAUUAUUUUCAGAUGCUAUUUCGUCAUAUCCAGAUGAAAUAAAAUCGUCAAAAGCCAUUAAAUUUGAUAAAAUUUUAAAAAUAUCUGCCAAAAACGAGCCAGAUGAUAUAAAACGAGUAAAAACAGUAAUUAGAGAACUUUUAGAUGUAAAUGAAGAAUUAAAUAACAACAUAGAAAAUAAUAUAUCUUUACAAAAUCUUAAAGACCAAUUGAAAGAACGUGGGCCUGUACUAGUUUGAGUGAUAUUUAAAUUUAUUUUUACAAU